GCUCUGCCUGUUAGCUGAGCAAAUAACGCAUUCCUCAGAAGACAGGGGGAGGCCCCGGCCCUGGGUAUAUGAAGGCUUCUGGGUCAGGCUCUGGACGUUUGCCUUAGGUCCUGAGAGCAUCCGCCGAGUCCCACUCUGCCAUGAAGCUCGCCACCGCCUUUCUGGUGCUCUGCCUGGCUCUGCUCAGCCAUUUCGGUGAUGCCUUCUUCGUGGAGUCCCUGCCUAAGCCGGUGGCUGAACCCAUAGCUGCCCUGGCCCCUGCUGCAGGGGCCGUGGCUGGGGCUAUGCCCAGCCUCCCUUUGCCCUUCAACCCCCUGAAGUUCAUGCUCGCCAGCCUGGGCAUCCCGGUGGAGCACCUCAUAGAGGGUUCUCGGAAGUGUGUCACGGAGCUGGGUCCUGAGGCUGUCGGAGCCGUGAAGACGCUGCUGGGGGUCCUGACUCUCUUUGGUUGAGCCAAGACUGGAGUAUCCUGACUGAGGACAAACUGCUGCCCGCGCCAAGGCCUGGAAACCCUGCUCUCACCCUGACCACCCCACCUUUCCUAAUAAACAUGGCCAAGCUUGUCGGUGGUGUUUUCUUGCCUGAAAG